AAUCCAAAAAGCUAUUCAGAACCGAGAUUUGGCGCCAUUUCAUGCUUAGUUGCCCACAAUGUACGGCGAGUUAGGCCUCAAGCUGGUCCGAGACGCCAAACGCGUCCAAAACCUCCCCUCCCUCCCCUCCUACCAAACCGACCUCGUCCGCUCCACCGUCCGUGAAGUCCGCGAUCUCGACCGCGACAAUGCCCGCAUCCUCGAACCCUACACCUCCGCCUCCCAAGCCGGCACACCCUCCACCUUCAACCCCCAGGACGACCCAGCCACCGCAUGCGCCCUCCUCGUGAACCACCUCGCCAUGCGCCGGAACAAGCGGUGCUUGCUAGCGUAUCACCGAGUGCGUGCGCAGAAAUUGGAGGAGGCGUGCUGGGCGGGGGUAGAUGUGUUGGAUCGGCAGGCGGGUGGGGACGGCGCGGGGAACGGCGAAGAAGGAGGGCAGGGAGGUGCGGCGGCGAUGAAUUUGAGUCCCGAAGAAGAGGAGUAUGUGAGGCGCUAUUCCGAUCUGCUGGCAGCGUAUAAAGGACAAUGGACGGAUAUCGACCUGACGGGGAGCUUGGAGCCGCCGAGAGAUUUGUUUGUUGAUGUGAGGGUAUUGAAGGAUGCGGGGGAGAUUCAGACGGAGUAUGGCGCCAUCACACUGUCUAAAAACAGCCAGCUCUAUGUCAAGGAAAGCGACGUCGAGCGACUCAUCCAACAAGGCUAUCUACAGAAGCUGAGCUAAACCGACAAAAGACACCUCAUCUAUGCGAGUGGAUCCUCACAACCCGUGCAAGAUGCUCCUCAGGAGGACUUGCUGCGCAACAUCCACCCCGGGGCUAUCCUUGACGAUGCUCACGCGGUUUCCGGAAUUCCAGCUCAGCCAAUCGCCCGAGUCUCCAGGAAU